AUGGGUGCCGCUGAGACUAUCAUUGAUGUUCAAACAGUUUUAAAAGCUGCUUCAUCUAAAUGUAAAGUAUUAGAAGAGAGUUUCCCAGUUAAAUUUUAUGAAAAGAACCCAGAUAAGGUAUAUGAAUCCUAUUGUCACUUUAUUGAAUCUAAGGUUGGUGGUAAAGAUGAUAGUGAAGAGAGUAAUGAGUUAGAAUUGACUACCAUAGCCAAGAAAAUUGAUAAUAAUGAAUAUACCAAUGCUAAGAAUGGUUUUUAUAGGUUAUUCCAUGAUAUCAAAUUAGUUUGUACUUUAUUAAUUCAUUUUUAUCCUCAAGGUUGCAGACAAUAUCAAAUUGUUGAUAAAUUUUAUAAAUUCAGUAGUGAAUUACUUUUAAGAGAAUGUUAUAAAUUAGGAAUAACGUUAGGUUCAGAUGCAAAGAAAAAAGAGUUGAAUUAUACAGAAGUCACUGAUCUAGAUAAACUUAUAGUGAAUGAUUUCAUCAAAAUUUCUAAUAGUUAUAAAGUUCCUGCAGAAGAAACUUAUCAUAUUAGCACUAGAGAUAGUGAAUUAUUUUCAUCAAUUAUUGGCAAAUCGAUAUUAGAUAAUAGACCAAGAGAAUUGCCCAAUAAUGAUUUUGAAAUUAAUAAGAUCAUGCCACAAACUAAUAUAAGAGAAGAAGCUCCACGCCUGGGUUUUAUUGCAGCAAACACUAGUAAUAUUCCUGAUCCUACUUUCCCUCCAACAGAAAUGAUGACAAGAUUUUUGCAUCCAAAUUGGUAUUCUCUGCCUAUAGCUACAUGGUUAGACUAUGGCGACUUCAAAUCAUGGGCGCCUUUUUUCACUUCAAAUAACACAGUAUCUAACAUCAAUGACCGUGGGAAACUAUGGUUGGAAAGAGUGGGCUACAACAAACUAUACCUUGAAAGAGAAAAGGAAAUUGCAGGUAUAACUGCAGAAGUUGUAAAUACUGAUAAUGAGGAAGUGGAAGAGGUGGAAAAAGAAAAUAAUAUAGAACAAACGUUGGUAACUGGAGAUUCAGCAGAACUAAUUGCUUCUGAGAAAAACAAUAAUGAAAUAGAAAAAAUUAACAAAGAAGACAUCAAAUUAUCUAAUUUACUUCAGUGGAUUCCGUUGAAUGUCAUAUCAAAUGAAGAUGUUGAAUCCUUUAAAACUGGUGAACAAUCUAAAUUGAUCACAGAGACAUUAAAAAAGUUACACAAACUAAGAUCCGAAAGAAAAAUAGAUAGAUAUGUAACAAAACCUUCUAGCAGUGAGCAAAAAUUAUAUUAUAAAGCGAAAUUACUAUUAAGAGAAGUCUUGGCAUCUAAAACUUCAACAAAUCUUCCUGUGAGGGCAUGUAGCUCUUUUCCAAUUUUGCAAGCAAAUUACAACGGUAGCAUACCUAUUGUGAGAUCCCAAGCAUCGCAAAAGAAGAGAAAAUAUAAGAAAUAA